AUGUCAUUACCCCUCCGACCCGGCGAUGUCCUCAACCCAAACCUAUACAACAACUCGGACCUCGAGGUGAUAUUCUACCAGCGACGGAAAGCCCUGCCAUGGACAUCGGCAGGACAGCAUGCUCUGGCAUUCGUCUACUUUGCGCUGGCACUCCUAGUCCUGUUUGGACUGCUCAACCUGCACGAUAUCCUGCUGGACCGCCGAAGGCUGUCGUACACACACGCCAAUGACCGACACAACGAGCAGUACCUCCUCUCGCAGGAGAGAUCAACAUUCGACCGCCUCCUGCUGCAUCUGAGAUCGUUCGGCUACACCCGCAGCUCCUGGAAACGCAUCGGCACCACCAGCUUCGGACUCGGCAUCCUCAUCAUACUGGGCUUCGCAUACCCGAGUCUGUAUGUGUUUACGCAGCACCCGUACUACGAGCGUGAGCCCCGAUUCGGGCCUCCACCGCUCGCGGGAAGAGGCGGCAUGACUGCACUGGCAAUGACCCCGUUCGUGCUCAUGCUCGGCAUGAAAAGCAACCUCAUCAGUGUAAUCACCGGUGUUGGGCACGAGAAGCUGAACGUGCUGCACCGCUGGCUUGGCUACUUCCUCGGCUUCUUCAGCCUUGUGCAUGCAGUGCCCUUUAUUAUCGAGCCGCUGCGCAACGGUGGCUCAGGCACGCUUGCAGCCCUGUUCCGUGACCACAUCGUCUAUUGGAACGGCGUGGGCGCGCUGCUGUGCGUGCUCUUUCUGUGCUUUGGGAGUCUGCCGUUCAUCAGGAAGUGGUGCUAUGAGGGCUGGGUGCAUCUGCAUAUCUUUUGCGGCGUGGGGUAUAUUGCGAUGCUCUUCUGGCACUGCGCGAAUAUGCUGCAGUCGUGGCACUUUCUGUAUGCCACGGUGGGCAUCUGGGCCACACAUCUGCUGUUCCGCUUCACGAUGCGCACAAACUGGUUUAUCACACGCAAGGUUUUUGGGGGUGAUACUGCACGCUUUACGGCGCUCACGAACGAUGGUGUCAAGGUCACCAUUCCGACGAGGAUGAAGUGGAGGGCAGGGCAGCAUAUUUUCUUGAGGAUGCCCGGGAUCAGCUUUUAUGAUAACCACCCGUUCACGGUGUCCAGCGUGAUGAGCGAUGAGGCGGGCGGCGACGGGUAUAAUGAUUUGGUGCUGGUGUUCAAGCCGCACCAGGGGUUCACGCGGAAGGCGUUUAACAUAUCGAGGAGCAUGCCGGACGCGACGUUUACGGCCUACCUGGACGGGCCGUAUGGAGGGCUGUCGAGGAAGCUGGAGGCGUUUGAAACGGUCCUGAUGAUUGCGGGUGGGUCGGGGAUUACGCCCAUUGUGGCGCAUCUGCAGCACUUGGUGCAGAAGAUCAAGAAGGGGGAGGCACUGACGCGGGAUAUCAGGAUUGUAUGGACGGUCAAGCACUUUGAAUCACUCGAAUGGUUCAAAGACGAGAUCUCCGCCGCCGCCCGCGCCCUCCCCCGCAACAUGCUCCUCUGCCAAUACUACGCCACCGAGGAGACUCCUGUCGAGCUACCCAAGCACGCCGUCUCCGCCACCCGCGAAUGGCCCAAUACCCCCAUCACGCCCUCGUUCCGCAAGCCCCCGCCAGCACUGCUGCGCCCGCCGACCGCAAACUCGGUCGACUUUGAGGAGCGCCCGUUCGGCUGGGGCUUCGGCAUGGAGAAGGAGAUGCACACGAUGAGCAGCGCCGAGCCCGAGAGCAGCACCACCGACGGCAGCGGUGCGAGCCCGAUCUUCAAGUUCCCGCCCAGCCCGCGCCUGCAGCAGCGGUCGAGCAUGGGGAGGCGCGCGAGCGUGGGGCAGAGGCUGUCGGGCAUGAGUAUCAACACACAGCGGUUUUCGGGGAUCAGCACGGGGAACGAGCCGACGACGCCGACGGCGCUGCCGCCGCUGGGCGACGAGGUGCUGCUGGAGUUUGGGAGGCCGCCGUUGAAGGAUGGGUUGGGCCCGUGGAGUAGCACGUUUGGGAAGCGCACGUGCAUCUAUGUGUGCGGGCCCGAGCAGAUGAAGGUGGAUGUGGCGAAUGCGGUGGCGAAGAUGCAGCCGGAUAUUUGGGCGUGCGAGGAGAGGGAGGAGGUGUAUUUGCAUUCGGAGACUUUUGGGUGGUAG